GGUCUCAGGGCGCUCAGGCCGGGUCGCAGGAUCGUCCGCCAUCGCCGCUGCCGCUGCGCUGGGAGCCGGCGGGGAUGGAGCGGGAGGCGUCGCCGUGGGGCCUCGAGCCCCAGGAUGUGCAAAGUCCUGACGAAAUGGGGAGCCCUGAAGGGUCCCUCAAAGGCAACAUGAGUGAGAAUGAGGAAGAGGAAAUUUCUCAGCAAGAAGGCUCUGGGGACUAUGAAGUUGAAGAGAUACCUUUUGGGCUUGAACCCCAAAGCCCUGGGUUUGAGCCACACAGCCCAGAGUUUGAACCUCAGAGCCCCAGGUUUGAGCCUGAAAGCCCGGGGUUUGAGUCCCGAAGCCCCGGGCUUGUGCCCCCAAGCCCUGAGUUUGCACCCAGAAGCCCUGAAUCAGAUUCUCAGAGCCCUGAGUUUGAAUCCCAGAGCCCUAGGUAUGAACCCCAAAGCCCUGGGUAUGAACCCAAGAGCCCCGGAUAUGAACCCCGGAGCCCUGGGUAUGAAUCUCAGAGCCCAGGGUAUGAACCCCAGAAUCCUGAGGUCAAAACCCAGAGCCCUGAAUUUGAAGCUCAAAGUUCCAAAUUCCAGGAAAGUGCAGAGAUGCUUCUGAAUCCCGAGGAAAAGGAUCCCUUGAACAUCCCCUUAGGAGUUCACCCCCUGGACUCCUUCACCCAGGGGUUUGGGGAGCAGCCCACAGGGGGUCUGCCCAUAGGGCCACCGUUUGAGAUGCCCACAGGGGCUCUGCUGUCUGCACCCCAGUUUGAGAUGCUUCAGAAUCCCCUGGGUCUGACAGGAACCCUUCGGGGCCCAGGCCGACGGGGUGGCAGGGCCCGAGGUGGGCAGGGCCCUCGGCCCAACAUCUGCGGCAUCUGCGGGAAGAGCUUUGGGCGGGGCUCCACCCUGAUCCAGCACCAGCGCAUCCACACGGGCGAGAAGCCCUAUAAAUGUGAGGUCUGUAGCAAGGCCUUCUCCCAGAGCUCUGACCUCAUCAAGCACCAGCGCACCCACACGGGCGAGCGGCCCUACAAGUGUCCCCGCUGUGGCAAGGCCUUCGCUGACAGCUCCUACCUGCUUCGCCACCAGCGCACCCACUCAGGCCAGAAGCCCUACAAGUGCCCGCACUGUGGCAAGGCCUUUGGCGACAGCUCCUACCUCCUGCGGCACCAGCGCACCCACAGCCACGAGCGGCCCUACAGCUGCACCGAGUGCGGCAAGUGCUACAGCCAGAACUCGUCCCUGCGCAGCCAUCAGAGGGUGCACACCGGGCAGAGGCCCUUCAGCUGUGGCAUCUGCGGCAAAAGCUUCUCCCAGCGGUCGGCACUUAUCCCCCAUGCCCGCAGCCACGCCCGGGAGAAGCCCUUCAAGUGCCCCGAGUGCGGCAAGCGCUUUGGCCAGAGCUCCGUGCUGGCCAUCCACGCCCGCACCCACCUGCCGGGUCGCACCUACAGCUGCCCCGACUGCGGCAAGACCUUCAAUCGCUCCUCCACGCUGAUUCAGCACCAGCGCUCCCACACGGGCGAGCGGCCCUACCGCUGCGCCGUGUGCGGCAAGGGCUUCUGCCGCUCGUCCACGCUGCUGCAGCAUCACCGCGUCCACAGCGGCGAGCGGCCCUACAAGUGCGAUGACUGUGGCAAGGCCUUCUCACAGAGCUCCGACCUCAUCCGCCAUCAGCGGACCCACGCGGCCGGCCGGCGCUGACCUGGGGCCCCGCGAGGCUGGGAGCUGUGGGCGGGAGAGAAGGGGACGGGGAGCUGGAGAGACCUUCAGAGAGGCUGGCGGGAACGCCGGAGGAGCGUGGAGUCGAGGAUUCCGGAGAAGAGGGCCAAGGGGGAGGAAGUGGCAUGCCCUGGAGACUUGCGGGAAAUGGGCUACGGCGAGGGGUUGGAGGGAGGCCAGACAGGCAGCAGGAGGCUCUGGGAGAGAUCCAGAAAGAGGUCAGCAGAGAGCUGGCCUCGGCAGCAUGCUCCUUGGGGGUGCCUGGCUGGCAAAGUGCUAGAGCAGGGUGGGGGGAGGGUGAGGGAGGGUUACUAAUUAGACUGGGGUAGCUUAGACUGAUAGCUGCUGAGACCCUCGUUGAGUCAGGAGCGGUGAAAGGGUAGGCGGGUGGGGAGUGGGGCCUGGGCUGGGGCCUGGGCCUCUGAGUGCAAACCCCAGCCUCCCUUGUCUUCCUCAGGCGUUGGAGCCCCCGAGUUUGAGUUCAAUAAAAACCUUUAUGUGGUAAAAAA